GAAAGAAAAGAGAGAGAGAAAGAAAUCACUCUCCCAAAGAUGAAAGCUCAUGGCAUAGCUGCUCAUAAACUCAGACAUGGGUUGGAGCUUAUACAGCGUUCUGCUACUGGGCUUCAAGUCCCGGUUGCUGCCACCAUACUGGGGAUAGCCGGAUUGGCCUUCGCCUUUAAAGAUUUCAAAUUCUGGAACCUCCCCAGUUUUCAAUGGGCGUCCAUCUCCAAUACCGAUGAGCCGUUGCUACUACCAGGAUUGCAGAAUCUGGGAAACAAUUGUUUCUUGAAUGUAAUACUCCAGGCCUUGGCUAGCUGUAAGAGUUUCCGGAAGUUUCUGGAGGGAUUGGUGGCGGAAUUCAGGGGAUCAUCCAUGGAUGGCAGUGCGGAGAGCUCGUCUCUUGCAGAUGCUUUGUUUAAGCUAUUGGAAGCUUCAAGAAGAAUGUUCUCCAGUAGAAGACCUGUUGUUUCAGUGAUUGUUCCACCUAGCUGCUUCUUGUUGACAUUUUCUGAAUCUCGAACUGCUCAAGAUUAGGGCGAAUAAGAACUCUCUGCUCUUGAUACAUAUUUCUUUUACAUUUUGAAAAACCCCAUUUUUUAAUUUGAAGUACAGAACAUAGUCAAACGAUGGGACUUUUCAUUUUUUCCCUCCCCUUCCCAUUUCCUUACAACAUGUUUGGUUCAAGGAAUUGGAAAGGGAAAAUAUAAGAAAAAGAUAUGGAAAACAAAUUUUUUUGUUUGGUAAGAGUGGUAAGGAAAAGAAAAGCGGAAGAAAAAAAAUACAACAACAACCCACCCGAAUCCACGCGAGUAGGGUCUGGGGAGGGUGUGUGUAGGCAGGCCUUGACCCUAAUCGAAAGUAGAGAGGCUAUUUCCAAGAGACCCCCGACUCAAGCUGCACCGAUAUAAAAGAUCUCAGGCGAUAUAUGAAGCUGAGAAGGUGAUACAUAAAGCAGAGAGAGCACACAUCACAAUUCUUACAGAGGCAAAGAAGAAACUAGAGUUAACGAUGGGAAAGUAAUGCAAUCAAGAAGCACCAAGCAAACACUGUAGAAGGAAAAAAAUGAGAGUAGAAAACAAACUAAGAUGAUGGAAAACAACUUUCCUUCCAUUUUGGUGAGGAAAAGGAGAGUAAAAUCAUUCUUUUCAUUUCCUUCCGAAUUUCACAAACCCAACAUAAUUCAAUUCUUGAAUAGUAAGUAUUAAAGUGUUGGUCCUUUAUGCGCUACCUUAGUUUGCAGAAGAAUUUUUGUAUAACUAUUGUGUUUCUUACUAUCAUUCUUCUGUACAGUAACUUCUGACCAUUUGAUAUUUUUUUGUGCGUCCGUGUAUGUGUGUGUGUUUUAAUACCUUCUAUUACUUCUAUAGUGACCAGUUUUUAUUCCCUACUUGGGGACAGUGAGGACAUUACAGAGUUUGAGCUUGGUUUUCUAAGGGUAUGUUUGGGUGGAGAGAUUUGUUUCAGCUGUUAAGCUAUUUGCAUUUUCCUGAGCUUAUUGCCAUUGUUUCAACAAGAAAUGAUAGUUUAUGUUAUCUUAAGUCUGUGUCCCAACUUCUAUAAAUUUAAAGCAUAGUGCAUUUUCCUAACAAUUAAGCCUAAACAUUUUUAAUAGUUGGAGAUAACAUGAUUUUGGGCCUUCAAUGAAAACAUGAAUAUUAU